AUGAAUCUCGCCGCCUGUGUGGUGCUGCUGCAAUACUGCGGCCUGACCUUGGCCGAGAACGCUCUCCAGACCGCCGACACAGGGAAAGCGGCUGGAAAAGAGCUCCUCUGCUCUCCUGACCUGUGUGAGCUGCAGAGACAGCUCAGCAUCAUGAAAGACAACCUAGGAACACUGCAGAGCCAGCUGAAUGACACGAAAAACCAGCUGGAGAAACUGAGGAGCAGAGAGAGGACAAAGGUCGCAUUCAGUGCAGCGCUAGAUAGAAACACUGGACCCGAUGCCGGUGACAAUAUCCUCGUUUACAGAACAGUGAUCACAAACAUCGGCAACGCCUACAAUAACAAUACAGGUAUCUUCACGGCUCCUGUUGCCGGUGUUUACUUCUUCACCCUCUUCUUUCGCGCUGGACAAGAGAACACUUCGACCCUGAUGCUCUUCAAGAACAACAUGGCGGUCGUCACCACCGGUGAUUACAGUGUAGCCAAUGGGGCAGAUGACGGAGGCAAUGGAGUGACCCUGCAGCUGCAGCAAGGGGACCAGGUGUACGUGUUCCUGGCUGCAGCCACACACGUUUGGGGUGGCGGCAACAGAUAUACCACCUUCAGUGGUUUUCUGCUCAGUCAAGAAUGA